AUGAAUCUUAAUAUAAACUUAAUAGAAAUAUGGACAUUGGAUGAUAAUGAUGUCUCGAUAUUAACAAUCUGCACCUGGUUUUAUUGCCGCCACCCCUCCCUGCCAAAAGAAAAUGCAUCCUUCCAUGGCCCUUUCAGAGGACAAUUGGAACUUGCACCUGGCUUCUGUGAAACAGACUUUGCCUGUUAUUGUGGUUUGAAUGUGUCCCCAAAAGAACUCAUGCGUAGAAAUGUGGUUGUUAUGGUCUCAGGGUUUGGUUUGGGGAGUCGUACGGGCAGAACAAUUCUGAAGCUAUUUCAGAAGCAUCACAGGAUUGAACGGAUGAGUAAACAUGCUGAUGUGAAUGAGCUCAGGGUUCUCACCGUGAAAGAAGGGACCAAGCUAUGGUUUGAGCAAUGGUUUGUCCCCUCAAAGUUUCAUGUUUUAGAAUCUGAUCCCCAGAGUGAUAGCAGAGCGGAUAUAGCUGUUGCUCCACUCACAAUAACAUUGGUCCGUGAAGAAGUCAUAGAUUUUUCAAAGCCAUUUAUGAGCCUGGGCAUCUCCAUCAUGAUAAAGAAGCCUCAGAAAUCAAAACCAGGCGUAUUCUCAUUUCUGGAUCCCUUGGCUUAUGAAAUUUGGAUGUGCAUUGUCUUCGCUUACAUUGGAGUCAGUGUAGUUCUUUUCCUCGUCAGCAGAUUCAGCCCUUAUGAAUGGCACUUGGAAGACAACAAUGAAGAACCUCGUGACCCACAAAGCCCUCCUGAUCCUCCAAAUGAAUUUGGAAUAUUUAACAGUCUUUGGUUUUCUUUGGGUGCCUUUAUGCAACAAGGAUGUGAUAUUUCUCCAAGAUCACUCUCUGGACGCAUUGUUGGAGGGGUUUGGUGGUUCUUCACUCUGAUCAUAAUCUCUUCCUAUACGGCCAAUCUCGCUGCUUUCCUGACUGUGGAGAGGAUGGUUUCUCCAAUAGAGAGCGCUGAAGACUUAGCUAAACAGACUGAAAUUGCAUAUGGAACCUUGGACUCUGGUUCAACAAAAGAAUUUUUCAGAAGAUCCAAAAUCGCCGUGUAUGAGAAAAUGUGGUCUUACAUGAAAUCGGCAGAACCAUCUGUGUUUACCAAAACAACAGCAGAUGGAGUGGCCCGAGUGCGAAAGUCCAAGGGAAAAUUCGCCUUCCUGCUGGAGUCAACCAUGAAUGAGUACAUUGAGCAGAGAAAACCAUGUGAUACGAUGAAAGUUGGUGGAAAUCUGGAUUCCAAAGGCUAUGGUGUGGCAACCCCUAAAGGCUCAGCAUUAAGAAAUGCUGUUAACCUGGCAGUAUUAAAACUGAAUGAGCAAGGCCUCUUGGACAAAUUGAAAAACAAAUGGUGGUACGACAAAGGAGAGUGCGGCAGCGGGGGCGGUGACUCCAAGGACAAGACCAGCGCUCUGAGCCUGAGCAAUGUGGCAGGCGUUUUCUAUAUACUUGUCGGAGGUCUGGGGCUGGCCAUGAUGGUGGCUUUGAUAGAAUUCUGUUACAAAUCACGGGCAGAGUCCAAACGCAUGAAACUCACAAAGAACACCCAAAACUUUAAGCCUGCUCCUGCCACCAACACUCAGAAUUACGCUACAUACAGAGAAGGCUACAACGUGUAUGGAACAGAGAGUGUUAAGAUCUAGGGAUCCCUUCCCGCUGGAGACAUAUGAUGAGAGGAAAUCACCGAAAACGUGGCUGCUUCAAGGAUCCUGAGCCAGAUUUCACUCUCCUUGGUGUCGGGCAUGACACGAAUAUUGCUGAUGGUGCAAUGACCUUUCAAUAGGAAAAACUGAUUUUUUUUUCCUUCAGUGCCUUAUGGAACACUCUGAGACUCGCGACAAUGCAAACCAUCAUUGAAAUCUUUUUGCUUUGCUUGAAAAAAAAAUUAAAAUAAAAACCAACAAAAAAAGGACAUGCAAGAUUCCAGUAUGCGAAAAAAAAUCUUAUUAAAAAAUUUCAAUUCAACAAAAGCCAUUCUUUGAUACCACUGCACAGUAUACAAACACCAUGUUCUUUUAAUACACAUCCACAAAUUUUAAAUUCCAGUUCAGCAAAUAGGCUCAUCUUAGCUAAAAGAAUUAGUUCUUCCUCACCAAAAAAAAAAAAAAAA